CGCGUUGCAUGUUCAGUUCUCUCACUCACCCUUUAUAUAACUCCAUUAACGUCUCUCCGUGAACCUAUACCCACCGGAAUAACCAAUGACUCCUAAAAUGGUCGCCGGAUUCCGGAGAUCUCUUUCCUUCCCAAACCACCCCAAUUCUUCAUCAUCUUCAAAGCCCAAGAAAACCUUCCACGUCAGAUCCACCAGUCUCCCCUGCAGAUCACACCCGUUGAUUUCUCAGCUCAGGGACGACCUCAACGCGCUCAUGGCCGCGUUGUCGCAAACCCGAACCUCCGCGUGGCUCUGCGACGCCUUGGCUCGCCUCAAAACCAUCCACGAGUCCCUCGACGAUCUCCUGCAGCUCCCCCAGACGCGCGAGUCCCUCCACGCGCACGCCGGCCUCGUCGAGAAUCUUCUAGAAGACUUCCUCCGCUUCGUCGACGUGUACGGGAUCUUCCAGACCAUGAUCCUGCGCGUGAAGGAGGAGCACCAAGCCGCCCACGUGGCCGUGCGGCGGAAAGACGCCGCGAAACUCGCUUCUUUCUCCAAGUCCAUCAAGAAUCUGGGGAAGGAGAUGGAGAAACUGAUUCCGAACUUGCAGUCCACCGCCACCGACAAAUACCUCGUACUCCCCAAACAAGUGGUGGCCGUGCCGGACGGCGACGCCGAGGUGGUCGGGGUCAUGAAAGACGCCGUGAAGGUGACCGUGAUGGUCUCCACGGCUCUGUUCAACGGCCUUUCCGUGUCGUUCACGCUCCCGAAAUCGUCUUCCCGGCGGUGGAUUGUGGGGGCGAAGAAAGUGAACGUGGAGGAGGGGAUUGAAGAGUUUAAAGAAAUGGCGGCGCUGUGGGGACUGAGAAGAAAAGGAGAGGAAGAAGAUGCGAAAAUGGUGGCCAAGAGAAUGCAUGAGAUGGAGGAUUGCAUUGGUGGGAUUGAAAGUGGCGGUGAGAAAGUGUUUAGAAGUUUGAUCAAUGCUAGGGUUUCUUUGCUCAAUGUAUUCACACAAUGACAUUGAAUUGAUGAAGGAGAAGAAGAAGAUGAAGAUGAUAUAUGAUUCAAUUACAUUAUACGUAAAUUUUCAAAUUUCUUUGUCUUGAUUUGAUAUUGUUAAUUACCAUUCAAACUUUAAUUUGCUUUGUCAAUUCAUCAUCAAUAGACAAGUCAUGAAGAAAAUAACUGAGAGGAAAAUUAAAAGCUUUCGUUUAUGAUUGUGUACGUACAGCUAGUGACAUCUUGUAUUCUUGAAUUUUUUUUUAUGUACAAAAGAAAAUGUUGAAAAUUAA